CUGUGUUUUUUUUUUUCAGCUAACUAUAUCACAACAAUUGGAGUGGAUUUCAAGAUACGCACUGUGACAAUCAAUGGGCAACGUGUAAAAUUGCAGAUUUGGGAUACAGCUGGCCAGGAACGAUUUCGUACCAUCACUUCGACCAACGUGAAACGAUGGUUACAUGAAAUUGAUACAAACUGUGAAAAUGUCCAGAAAGUCCUCGUUGGGAACAAGGCGGAUGAUCCAGAACGAAGAGUAGUACUGGAAGCGGAUGCUCGUAGAUUUGCAGAAACAAUGAGAAUUCCAUUUUUUGAAACAAAAUUUCAAAAACUAAAUUUCUUCAUUUUUUUUUAUUUUUCUUUCACUUCGGAUGUUUUAUUGCAGAUGUUCAACUGUAUAACUCGAUUAGUGCUGGAAGCAAAACUCCGAGCGCCUCAGCUAGGUGCAGGAGAAAGUGGUGUACGACUUGGUGUUUCUAGUCCUAGACGGCAAGAAAAGAAGAAAUGUUGUAGCUGAAG